AUGUUCAGUCCACCCUCCGUUGUAAUUCGUUCCCCUUCCCCAAAGCAGAUGUGGAAGCCUCCUCUUCCUUUUGUCAAGCUCAACUCUGAUGUAUCUUGGAAUUCUAGAUCAAAGUGUGGGGGUCUUGGCGUGGUUGUUCGCAAUCAUGAGGGCAACCCAAUCAUUGCAGUUUCAGAUAUGGUUAGCUGUGGUAGUGCUAUUGAAGGCAAGGUUCUUGCUCUUCGGUUGGGGCUCUUGGAAUGCAUUUCGAAGGAUGUCCGCUUCGUCUUGGCUGAGACCGAUUGCAAAGAUCUAGGGAACUUUUUGAACGAUCUACCCAAGGCGCCCCCACUUUUGGUGCAGGGUAUUCUUCAAGAUAUCCGUUUCAUCCUUAAGGAGUUUUCAAGUUGUAUUUUCUCUUAUAUUUCUAGGGAGUUUAACGUUAUUGCUGACUCCUUAGCCCAGAAGGCCAUGUAUGAAACGUGUAGGACAAUGUGGCCGUUAUCCACUCUGUGGAUGAAGGAUUUAUGUAACCCUUCUUCGUGCUCCACACGUAUUAAUGAAUAG